CUCCGCAUCUUUCUGCAGGUUCCCUUGUCCUCUGGCCAGGAUUCUCCAAGGCGUCUCACCACAUGGGCCGGCUCAGAAACGCCAAAAUCCACGUGGACAGAGCUGUCAAGCAGAAAAAGAUCUUUAUGAUCCAAGGCCACUACCCAGUGAUCCGGUGUCUUUUGCGCCGGAGGGGCUGGGUGGAGAAGAAGAUGGUCCAUCACACGGGAACCAUCCUGCCACCACCCCAGAAGGAUCUGGAUAGUUCAGUGAUGGGUGACAGCGACACUACUGAGAACGAGGAUGAAGACGAGGACGAGGAGUUCCAGCCACCACCACUGUUGGACUUGGAUGAUUUACUGGAAUUUGAUGACCUGGAUGGGACACAUGCUCUGAUGUCCCGCAUGGUUCGGAACGAGACCCCCUACUUCAUCUGGACCUCUCGGCGGGACGUGCUGGACUGUCGCUUCCUCUCCAAGGAUCAGAUGAUAAACCACUACACCCGGGCUGGCUCCUUUACCACAAAGGUGGGUCUAUGUCUCAAUCUCCGGAAUUUGCCAUGGUUUGAUGAGGCUGAUGCUGACUCCUUCUUCCCACGCUGCUACCGCCUGGGGGCUGAGGAUGACAAAAAAGCCUUCAUAGAGGACUUCUGGCUGACAGCUGCCCGCAACGUCCUCAAGCUGGUGGUGAAGUCUGAAUGGAAGUCAUACUCUAUCCAGGCAGAAGAGGAAGAGGCCUCAGGAAACAAACAGCCCACGAAACAGGAAAAAAAGCCAGUGUCAGUGUCCCCAGAGUUUGUAGAUGAAGCUCUGUGUGCAUGUGAGGAGCACCUGAACAAUCUAGCCCACACGGACAUCGACAAGGACCUGGAAGCUCCCCUGUACCUCAGCCCUGAGGGCUGGUCCUUCUUCCUCCAGCGCUACUACCAAGUGGUCCACGAGGGGGCAGAACUCAGGCACCUCGACUCUCAGGUCCAGCGCUGUGAGGAUGUCCUGCAGCAGCUCCGGGCUGUGGUACCCCAGAUCGACAUGGAAGGGGAUCACAACGUCUGGAUUGUGAAGCCAGGAGCCAAAUCCCGCGGACGAGGCAUCACGUGCAUGGACCACCUGGAAGAGGUGCUGAAGCUUGUGGACUGCAACCCCAUGAUGAUGAAGGAUGGCAAGUGGGUGGUGCAGAAGUAUGUUGAGCGGCCCCUGCUCAUCUUUGGCACCAAGUUUGACUUGAGACAGUGGUUCCUGGUGACCGACUGGAACCCUCUUACUGUGUGGUUCUACCAUGACAGCUAUAUCCGCUUCUCCACACAGCCAUUCUCCCUGAAGAACCUGGACAAAUCAGUGCACCUGUGUAACAACUCCAUCCAGAAGCACCUGGAGAAUUCGUGCCAUCGGCAUCCGCUGCUGCCUCCAGACAACAUGUGGUCCAGCCAAAAGUUCCAGGCCUACCUGCAGGAGAUGGGAGCCCCGAAUGCUUGGUCCACCAUCAUUGUACCUGGCAUGAAGGCUGCCGUGAUCCACACGCUUCAGACCUCCCAGGACACCGUGCAGUGUCGGAAGGCCAGCUUCGAGCUCUACGGUGCUGACUUUGUGUUCGGUGAGGACUUCCAGCCCUGGUUGAUUGAGAUCAAUGCCAGCCCCACCAUGGCACCUUCCACGGCUGUCACCGCCCGGCUCUGUGCUGGUGUGCAAGCUGACACCCUGCGUGUGGUCAUUGACUGGCGGCUGGACCACAACUGUGACACUGGAGGCUUCGAGCUCAUCUAUAAGCAGCCUGCCGUGGAGGUGCCCCAAUAUGUGGGCAUCCGGCUCCUGGUAGAGGGCUCCACCAUCAAGAAGCCCAUGGCCAUGUGUCAUCGGCGGAUGGGGGUCCGCCCAGCACUUCCUCAUCUGCUGACCCAGCGAGGCUCUGGGGAAGCCCCUAACCACUUCCCCCACCUCAACACCAAGGCCCAGCUGCCUUCUCCCCAUGUGCUCCGACCCCAGGGGUGGGGCCUCAGACUGCAGCACAGCAAGCUGGUGGGCUCUAAGGCCCUGUCGACCACAGGCAAGGCCUUGAUCACUCUACCUACAGCCAAGGUUUUGAUUUCUCUCCCACCUAACCUUGAUCUCAAGCUGGCACCCAGCAUCCUGAAGCCAUAAAAGGUGAGCUGCAAAUUCACCUUCAAGGCCCCCAUCCUGGAAGUGCCUUGUCACCUCUGCCCUUUGAAGUCAGAACUCUUCCUAGCACCCAUAGGAAGGUCAAGACCAAACGCAAGUUCAAGGCCAGACUGCGACAAACCCAAAGCAUGCCCUGAGAAGAGACUGAGCCUCCUGGAACCCCUGCCCCUUAUUGAUAUAUUCCAGAGGCCAGGGGGCAUGGGCAACAGGAGGCUAGGGAAGCCCGCAUCAGUCCCCACUACCCCUGUCCUGGAUCCAGCGCCAAAUAAAAAGCAGCAAGUGAAGUAUUCUGGCUCCAUUUCUGUUGGAGGGUGAAGAGCAGGUGGGGCAAGACCCUCUACCCCAAGGUCCACAGCAAGAGCUGGAGGCCAUCAACAGCUGCUGUAUGCAGCAAGGCCCAGAACUCCCACCUGGUGACAAACAUGGGCUUCCUGUUCAGGGACUCCUAUGGCAUCUCCAAUCCUUGGGUGGGGGUGGGAGGGAUAAGCUUUCAUUUUACUGAUGAGGAAACUGAGUCUGAAAGAGGAGAUGUGGCUUGCCCAAGAUCAUGUGGCAAUGAGAAGGCAGGGACACGUUGCCAGAGCUGCUGACUGCUGGGAGUCCCCCCAGCCCCAGAGAAUAAGCUGGCUGGCAGCAGAAUGACAUCUAAUGGUCACAGACACAGGAGAAAGGGUGGACCUUCCCUAAACUCAAGCCCUUCUCCAGAUGGAGUAGGUCUUGGUCUCUUCUUCAGUAAGGGGCUAAGGUCACCUAAAAAUGAAAUAUCCAACAAGCUACACCCAUGUGAUAAAGUUUGGUAUUUCCUAGUUGUAGUGGGUUGAGCGGUGGCCUCCAAAAGAUAUGUCUUCCUGGAACCUGUGAAUGUGACCUUAUGUGUGAAAAGAGUCUGUUGAUUUAAUUAAAUUUAAGAUCUUCAGAUAAAAUCAUACUGGAUUAUCUGGGUGGGCCCUAAACCCAAUGGCAAGUGUCCUUGUAAGAGUCAGAAAAGAAGAAACAAACAUGAGGAUAAGUCCAUGUGAAGAUGGGGUCAGAGAUUGGUGUGAUGCAGCCACAAGCCAAGAGACACCUGGCACCAUCAGUGAAUCUAGGAAGUAAUCUCCUUUAGAGUCUUCAGAUGAGGUGGCGCUAACACUUUGAUUUUGGACCUCUGGCUUCCAGAACUGAGAUUUCUGCUGUUCUAUGCCACUCAGGUUGUGGUAAUUUGUUACUGCAGCCAUAGGUAACUAGUACACAAGUCAUGCUGAAGAUACACAUGCUCUGAUCCAGAAAUUCUUGCAUAACUAAACCAGGAAAUGUGUACAAGCAGACUCACAGCAGUAUAGUGACAACUAAGUGACCUAACUGCUCUAUUCAAACUCUGGAAUUCAGACUAGGUGCCAUACAACACAGAUGCAUUUCACACUUUGGAGCAAGAGCAAAUCACAAAAGAAUAUAUACAGCAUGAUUCCACUUACAGAAAAUUCAACAGGCAAAAUGAAACAUUGUUCAGAGAUGCAUAUGUAUGUGGUAAAACUUAAAAAGAAAAGCGAAGAAUUCUCCCAAGUCAGGGCAGUUGAUUCUAACCCAGACUGAACAGUAGAACCCCUUCCGGAACUUUAAAAAAAGACUGAUGCCAGGGUCCCCACCCCAGGCCAAUAAAACUGGAAUCUCUGGGCUGCAGAACCAUGGGGAAGCAUGAGGAUUUACGCUUCCUGCAGGGGUGGGGGAGGGGGAUUCUCAUGUGGGGCCAGGGUUGAAAACUGCUGCUCUACAAGGAAGGAGAAGGUGCUUCUAUUUCAUGCCCCAAGCGGGGUUAUAUAGGUGUCACUUUAUAAUUCUUUAAAUCACAGAGCUGUUUUAGGCUCUCCUUGUAUGUUUGAUACAUCUUUUUUUUUUUUUUUUUUUUUGGUGGCUGGCCAGUACGGUGUAUUUAUCAAUUUUUUUAAAGCAAAAGAUAGUCACAGAAAGAAUUCUGACCACCUGGGGGAGGGGGAAAUGGGGGGUUAAUGUUCAAUGAGUAUAAAGUUUCAGUUUUACAAGAUGAAAAGAAUUCUGGAGAUGGAUGGUGGUGCUGGCUGCACAACACUGAAUUUACUUAAUGCAACUGACUGUACACUUCAAAAACGGUUAUGGUCAAUUUUAUGUUAUUUGUAUUUUACCACAAUUAAAAAAAGAAAAAUCUGACAUCUCUUCCCAUCCAGGAUUGAGACAGAAACUGCUAAAUAAAAAGACCAUAUAUUCAUCUCA